AUGGAAUUCGAAAAGCAAUUAUACAGGAUUCAUAAAAGAAUACUAUUUGGGUCGAUGAUACGAAAGAUUUUUACUGCUGGCGCCUAUCUCUUUUCAACACUAACAUUUUUGGGACUCAUUUUCUUAUUUUUAUUACAAUUCAGAGAAUAGUACAAAGAUUUCUUGAACCAAGAGUAUAUAAGUAUAAAGCAUAUUCAAGAAUAGAUAAUUUCAAUAAUGAAACCAUCUACAUUUUCAAUGUAACUGAUAGCUAAUUAGUAGAGAAAAAUGAAUCAUAUCUCUCAAUGAAGUUUACAUUUAACAAAACCUUUCUUUAUAUGAGUAAUGAAUUUCAACAGAAAUAUAAUUUCACAGUUGAAACUCAUAUGGUAGAUAUAGAUUCGUACACUAAAGGAUUUAAUACUUUUUUGUGUAUGGCAUCAGAUUUAGAAACUAUGUUUAUUAUUGAUUUUCUUGAUUUCCUUGAUGCCAAUUAAGAUGGCGAUAUACAAUUAAUGAAUUAAAACACAAAUGAGACUUGGAGUUGGAAUAAGCAAUAGCUUCAAAGUUUAAUAUUUUAUAAAAUUUAGGAAAAAAAGUUGUUGCUUAUGAUGAAAGAAUCUACACAACUGUAACAGAGUUUAUCAAGUGUGUUUUGGGAAUAUUUCUGCAAUCAAUUGUAGCCUCAAUUUACAUGAAGAUGUCCAUAAUAUGUGCUCCUAUUUUAAUAAUAUACAUGAGUAUUUGUUUAUAAUUAAGCUAAAAGUGAGUUGCAUGCAAAUCUGCUAGAAUUAAGAUAUAUAGGCACAAGCCUUAAUUGACGCAUUUCCUUGGGUAGGCUAAUAUUUGACUAUUUUGAAUAGAAAUCAAAAACUAAAAAAGGAGCUGCUCAAUGCUUUUAUUUAUAUGUUGAUAUUAUUUUACUUGGUCUACUUUUUGUAAUUCAGUGGCUAUAAUAGUUCAAUUCAAUUGUUCGCAAAAAGCUACCCAAGAGGAUUGAGUGAAAACUUUUUCUCGUAAUAAUAAUCAUUAUUCUUAUUAGAUCAUUUCUAUUAAAUGAAUUUGUGAGUAUCAUAUUUUUGAGAACUAGAGCAUCCCUCUAUUUUGUGCCCAAAUACAUUGUCUUAACCUAUUUGCUGUUCAUCUAUUACUUUGAAUCUACGUUAUAUGGAUAUUACAACCUGGCCUUUUAAAUUUGCAUCUUCUCACAAUUUGCCAUAAUUUCCUUCUUUGUGCUCAACUUUGAAAUAGCAGCUCUAGAUUGGCCUACAGAAUCUCCAUACACACCUACACUUGAUCGUCCACGAGUGUACUACUGUCCAUUGUUCAAUAUGAAUUGGGUCAAUGACAUUCCAACUCUAUGGACUAUGUUCUUCCCUCUUUGUGGAAGAAGGUAUAUAUAUAUCGAACAACCUUAGGUUCUUCUAAAUCUAGAAUUUGGCUCUAGUCGAUAAAAAUUACAUCUUAUUAAACAAUCUGUUGAAUCAAGAGGAACUUCUAGCUGUUGAAGGGAAUGCUCCUGCUUAAGUUCCAAAUCUGUUAGUCCAUGCGGAAUAGCCUCAGCAAGAACAGGCCAAUAAUUAACCAUAGGCUCAGGAUGGUUAAAAUAAUUAGUAGUUUGUAAUCAAUGUAGAUAAUAUACUUGGAAAUGAUUAGCCAUAACAACAGAAUUAGCUUUUGUGA